GGAGAAGGACCCAGGAGCAACAGAGAAUAAGCUGGUGCUUCGCAUUCAACGCUCUUCCAGAAAGACUGCUGCAGAAAGGAAACAUUACUUACCUCUGUGCUAAGUGAGUGACUUCAUAAAAAGCAAGAAAUGGAUACUACAAAACCACAUGGAUUUUUCCUAGCCAGCUUCCUUGUCCUCAUGUUUUUGGGGGAUCUCACAGAGAGCUGCAUAUGUGUAGAAAAAUCUCUCCGGGAAGCAUGUUGCUCAGCUGGCUUUGUGAUGAGGGCCAAAUUUAUGAGUGUCAUGCUGGAUCCUAAAUCUCCAUCAUAUUUUCCCAAAAAUAUCUAUACUAUUCAGCCCAUUAAGGUAUUCAAGGGUCCAGAGGAACUAAGAAGAGCACAGUUCCUCUACAGCCCAAUCUCACGUGAAUACUAUGGAUAUGUACACAAAGGCCCUCUCAAAGGAGAUGACUAUGUAUUUUCAGGGUCAAUUUUUGACAAUCGCUCUAUAAUCUCAAUGUGCAAUUUUGCAAAACCAUGGAAUAAAGUAAAUUCUAAAAAGAAAAAAAAACUGAACAAGGACUGCAGUACAAGUUGUGCAAACUUAUAAACUUCAUGGCCUUCACUGUCAACGUACAAAUGCAUGGAGGAAGACAAUAAACCAGAUGAAAGCAAAUGUUCAAAACAAGA